CAGAAUAGGCCACUAUCCAGCAGAGAUGUGUGGAGAAGGAGGGAAAGCCUGAAUCUACAUCUUCUGGAUGCUGCAGUUUGUGCUUCUGUCACCACGUUUUGCUCGGGCUGAGGUAGCUGCAGGUCAAAAUGUUCGCCGGCCGGAAGAGGACCCUGAAAGUGUUCACGCUGACCUUGUUCUUCGUCAUCACCAUCACGUCGUUCCUCCUGAAUUACACCCACAACACCGUCAUGAACGUUUGGGACCCUAUGCAGAUUAUCGACCAGUUUUGGAAACUGGUGAAACAUCCCGUGAGGCCCUGCAGCUGUAACACCUGCAUCUCUGAGCCGGGGGCCUCGUCCUGGUUCGACGAGAGGUUCAACCACACGAUGCAGCCGCUCUUGACUGCCCGGAAUGCCGUCAUGCCUCCGGAGAGCUACAAAUGGUGGCUAGUAAGCUGGGAAGGAGACGAAGAGGGCUGGGUUGUGGGAGGGGCAGUUUCGCCUGCCAAGUUUCGCCUGCCAAGUUUCGCCUGCCAAGUUUUCAUGCUGAACAGUCCCAUUAGCUUCUGGUUCCAGCGCAAGCCUGCCCUCUAUUCCUGGCCCACGUUCACAAGAAUCCCACAGGGGUUUCUGGCAGCCAUCCUAGGUGGUCAUUUUGCGGUUUCAUAUUCAGUUGACAUUUUUUUUUGUUUAUGUGUUAUAAAUGUGGCCUUUAUUAAAACCACUGUUUUCUCCUUUAACAGCACGUACAUUCCAGUUCCGCGUAAAAUUAAAGUCACCAAAGACAAGAUCCUGGUUUAUCAUCCCAUCUUUAUAAAAUACGUCUAUGACAACUGGCUGCGGCAUCAUGGAAGAUACCCUUCGACUGGCUUCCUUUCAGUUAUAUUUGCCCUCCACAUCUGCGAUGAGCUGGAUCUGUACGGCUUUGGAGCAGACACCAAAGGAAAUUGGCACCAUUACUGGGAGAACAAUCCUUCUGCGGGAGCAUUUCGGCAGACGGGAGUCCACGAUGGGGAUUUUGAAUCUAACGUCACCUUGAAUCUCGCGUCCGCUUACAAAAUACGUAUCUUCAAGGGCAGAUGACCCCUAUCCCGGAGAGUUCUGCGAUUUCCAUUAGCAGAGAUUAUCAAUACGUUUGUAAAAAUGACAGGUGCCCUGGAGCGUCCGCCGAUGGAUCCACGGACCGCCACCGGUGUUGGAAUUAGCGAGCAGUAUUGACUGGCUCCGGGUACCGGUCUUGCUUUCUUUCAGAAGAAAUGUGGGAGAAUCUCUCAAAAUCGGUGACGGGAAAUUUCUUUCUUUGCGGUCGCUCCUCGCAAGAGAGCUUUUGCGUAAAAUUUCACUCCUGAAAUGUCGUCUCGUGCAAAGUGGAGGGGAAAAGGUCCGCUGGGUUUCUUUGCAAGAUUGAGCGAAACCGCAUUCUUGGGGUGUCAGUGAGAAAAGCAAAUGGCCGAAGAGUGGCCUGAACAGAUUGCAGAUAUCCAACCUGACAAUAGCGGAUGCAACCACCCUCUCAGUGCAACAAUACCUCAAAGGAGCUCGGAUUGCUCUGGAUAUUUUCUCGGAAACAGUCUCGUGUGGAGGCCUAGCUCCCUUUCUGAACUAUAGGCGGCGGUGCAUUUGUGUUUCGAGGCACCCAGCCUGCAUUUGCUGGCAUCCCGAAAAUUUAUACAAACUCUUUCCAUAUCCAAUUAUUAAUUCUUUUUUAUAAACGCAUAUAUUUUCUUCACAGCCAUAAGGAAACAGGGGAAGCUGCAAAUGAAAAUCCAUGACGAUGGAACCAACUAGCCACUACUGUUUACUUUUCGAAAUAUAUUUCCGAUGGCUGAUCUUCUCUGAACUCUUCUGUAAAGCGGAGGAGAGGACUGAAUUUUUUUUCCUGUAUCUGACAUGUGCCUUCCUAAAAAUGGGCAGAAUCAAAACGGGAGGGUUUUUCCCUCUCAAAGGCUGAGUCACACUUUUGUAUGUGAAAAACACUGACCAAAAAAAAGCCCGCUCAUUCUAUCGUUUUGUAUCAACGGCCUUCUACUUGAAAAUUUCAAAAACGACCGUUUCCGUUCCCUUUGAGAGGCAAACUUUUUGCCUUAUUUUAAAGAGCAGGGGGGAAACGGAUUCACAAGGUUUGUGCUUAUAUUUUUUCCUGCUGUGGUAAACGAUUCCUCAUGGAAGAAGUAAUUGGAUAAAAGCCCCCAUUUUGGGGAGAGCGGAAGUGCUUGAGGGACGGCAUAGGAAAGGCCAGCUCUUGUGUUUAUGGCCUUAAAAAAUGAGGCCCGUAUUCACAAAACAAAACAAAAAGUUUAACAUAAUCCAGUAGGAAAGGCAGUGGUCUUGUAAAAGAAUGGCUGGCCUUUACUCAAAGAAAAAAAAGCAACUAUCAACUAUUUAUGAGAGGUGGCUGUUUGAAGGGAGAGCUAAGAUAGUAGUAGGACAGGGCUGUCCACUAACAUUUUGCUGAAACCCACCAAAUAUUUUGAGGAAGUGGGUGGGGGCAGGGUUCCCCCCCCCCAGCGGGGUUUCUGAUUGGCCACUGAAGAUCUGAUGGCCAGUUUUUCAAUAGUUGCUUUGAUGGCACCGUAGCACAAAUUAUCUUGUGUCUGCAAGAAAAUAUUUUUGAAGCAUGUUCAUUUUAAAAGCCACCCCGUUAAACCGCUUCUGCCUGAAAUGUUGAAGAGUUGCUGUUGGAAUCACGCAUGAUGUCACUCACUGACUUUUUGGGGAUUCGCUUUGCCUCCCGUGGCAGCCAUUUUGAGGUUGGCUCCACCUCCUUCAACUGCCAUUUUUUGUACCCACCACCUGGUGCCAGAAUUCUAGAGGUACCCAUGGGCUCAAAAAGGUGGGGGACCCUCAUUGUAGGACAUCGCCAAUCCUGAAAUAGUCUAGGACGCUCUAGUUAAUGUUAUCUUAGAUAAAGAGAAAGGCAAUCAGAAGGAAGAGAGUUCUGUGGGAAACACAGCCAUAGAAACAAGACGACUGCACAGUGGUGUCAAGGAAACGGGAAUUGGCACUGUGUUAAAAUUACCUCACAUUCUUAGAUGUGGGGCCUUCUGACUGUCUUUGUGCCCCAAAUCUACAUGGUCCCUGAGUGUUUCACCACAUGUAUUUUCCAGAAGUGUCGCUGCCACCUCUUUUUGGGGAUGGAGGAAGAGUUGAUUCUUUUUCAAAAUGCUAAUAAUCACACUGUCAAAGGAGUUAGAGCACUUCCUCAAGCAUUUUUGCUUCCUAGCGCCAUUGAGUUGGAUCUUCGGACAUUUUGAAGCAUGGGGGUAAAAACAUUGUGUGCACUGGGUUUGUUUCGAUUCUGUGGUAUAGCGUUGUCACCUUUGUUCCCAACUUCACCUCUUGUGCCUUUAACACAACCUUGAUCUGCUCACGUUAGCAGGUGACCAAGUUGCAUUUCCCUGCUGUGAAGAAAAAAAAUCAUCUGCUGAUUUCAGUGGCUCAAACUGCUGCUAAAAGCACAAGAGCAGACUGGCAGGUCAGUUGGCAACCGCGUUCUGAGGACUGCUUUCCCACAAUUCCAUCUGAGAGCAAAAGCAUCCCAGUCCGUCAAGUGGGAGGGGGAGCCAGGAGAGGAUGCUGGUUCAGUGGGAUCUUUGUUUUGCACACAGGAGAUUUUAGGUUUAAUCUCUGGCGCCUCAAAUUUGAAAGGAUAUCAGGUAGCCUGUAGUGCACAGGUGUCAAACUCUCAGCCCUCCAGAUGUUAUGGACUACAGUUACCAUCAACCCCUGCCAGCAUGAUGCUGGCAGGGGAUGAUGGGAACUGUAGUCCAUAACAUCUGGAGGGCCGCGAGUUUGACACCUAUGAUGUAGUGUGACGUACCGCUAUCUUCCUGAGAUGCUGAGGAACCACUGCCUGUCAGAACAGGCAGUGAGUUGGAUCCAGCCAUCUUUUCUGCCAAUGAAUAAUGGAGGAGAGUUUCCCUUUGACCACCCAAAAAGUCUACAUUGGGGAUAGCGGGAUUGGCACGGACAAAAGCCCUUUGGGACAGGAACUGCAGUAAAUACCAGAACUGGGUGAGAUUGAGUGAAAAUGCUAGCUGGAUCCAACCUUACCCUGGACUACAUAAAGCAAUGGUCCGACUCGAUCAAAAGUAGUUCUUGAAAGAGGAAGAAACAUUUGGAUUUACCCCCCACUUUUCUUUCCUGUUAGGAGUCUCAUAGCAGGUUACAAACCCCUUCCCCUCUCCACAACAGAGAACUUGUGAGGUAGGUGGAGAGUUCAGA